AUGGAUGAACAUCAACGUCGGCCACUCCUCCGGCGACGUUCAACACCGGACCCUGAUCGGACUAAGCUUCUACUGAAGGCCAUAAGCUUAACUUUUCAAAGUGUAUCCAAUUUAGCCAAUCUCCUCCCUACAGGGACAGUGUUUGUAUUCCAACUUCUAUCUCCAAUCUUCAGUGACAAAGAUAGUUUCAGAGAUGAUAAAGGAGUAGUCCAUUAUGGAAUAGCAACCUUAAGAGGAUUAUGGAUCAUCGAUGAUUCUAUCACAGUUCCUCCUGAGGAUGCUUCAGAAUAUCAACUUAAGUUCAUUGAUUUCUUACAUGCUUUCAUGUCAACUCUGGUUUUUGCUGCUAUUACACUAUUUGAUCAGAAUGUGGUGAAUUGUUUCUACCCAACACCAUCAGAGGAGACUAUGGAACUCCUCACAGCUUUGCCAGUUGGGAUUGGUGUCAUUGGUAGCGCAUUUUUUGUCACAUUUCCUACUACUCGUCAUGGAAUUGGCUUCCCUCUCUCUUCUCGCUAA